AUGUCUUAUUCUGACCUCAAAGGUAUAAAAAUCGCCAUUGACCGAGGCGGCACGUUCUGUGACGUGAUUGCAAAAAUCCCGGGCCAAAACGACUACGUCUUCAAGCUUUUGUCGGUGGACCCACUUAAUUAUAAGGAUGCACCCACCGAAGGUAUUAGGAGAGUGCUUGAACGAGCCCAUGGCGUCAAGAUUGACCCACUGGAGAAAUUGACCAUUGAUUCGAUUGACUCGAUUAGAAUGGGUACGACUGUGGCUACAAACGCUCUUUUAGAACGUAAAGGUGCUACUGUGGCUCUUGUUACUACUAAAGGGUUCAAGGACGUGUUGAAGAUUGGUAACCAGACCAGACCUCAUAUUUUCGACUUGACUGCUCGUAAAUUGGGCCAUUUGUACCUGGAGGCAUUGGAGAUUGACGAGAGAGUCACAAUGGAGUCGUUUACUGAAGGUGGAGGUGAUAAGCUUGAGUUUAGCACCAAGGGUGAUCCAGAGCUUAAGGUGGCUGUUUCGGGCGAUAUCAUUAGGGUUCUUAAAGAGCCCAACUAUGCUUCUGUGGAAAAGCAAUUGCGGGCGUUGUGGGACCAAGGGCGUAUCAAGACUUUGGCUUUGUGCUUGUUGCACUCGUACGCAUACCCAGAGCAUGAACGUAAGAUUGGCGAUAUUGCAAAGAAAAUUGGAUUCACUGUUUCUGUUUCUCAUGAAUUGCAGCCUAUGAUCGGUAUGGUGAACAGAUGUUCGUCGACUGUUGCAGACGCUUACUUGUCGCCGGUCAUCAACCAGUACAUUCAAGGUUUCGGUGAAGGAUUCGCUGGAGGACUCGAUGCUUUUGGAAACAAGUUACUUUUCAUGCAAAGUAACGGUGGUUUGUGCCCAUGGUACAAGUUUACAGGCCUUAAGGCCAUUUUGUCUGGUCCAGCUGGUGGUAUGGUUGGAUAUGGUGAAACCUGUUAUGACGAUUCUAAAGAUGUGGCUGUUCUUGGCUUUGACGCUGGUGGAACUUCUACUGAUGUGUCUCGUUUCGCUGGCUCGCUUGAACAUAUUUACGAGACAGUCGUUAACGAGGUGCAAUUGCAAACCCCUCAGUUGGACAUUUCUACCGUGGCUGCUGGAGGUGGAUCAAUGCUCUUCUGGAGAAAUGGUAUGUUCGUGGUUGGCCCUGAAUCUGCCGGUUCUGAUCCAGGCCCAGCAUGUUACCGUAAGGGUGGUCCUUUGACUGUUACUGAUGCUAACUUGUUCUUGGGCAGAUUGUUACCUGAAUAUUUCCCUAAGAUUUUCGGUAAGAACCAAGACCAGCCAUUGGACGUGGAAAUUACGAGAUCUAAGUUUUUGGAACUUACCGAACAGAUCAAUAGCGAGGGAUCAUCAUAUACUGCCGAAGAAGUUGCAUCUGGUUUCUUAAAGGUCGCCGUGGAGGCCAUGGCUCGUCCAAUUAGAAACUUGACCGAAGCAAAGGGUUUCAAUGUUUCUGAACAUAACCUUGCCUCUUUUGGUGGAUCUGGUGGUCAAUUCUCCGUUAGCUUGGCCAAGAACUUGGCCAUCAAUCAAGUUGCAAUCCACAAGUACUCCUCCUUGCUUUCUGCUUACGGUAUCUACGUUGCAGACAUUGUGAUUGAACAACAGUCUCCGGCUUCUUUUGCCUACAACAAAUCCAACUUGCCCAAAAUCCAGGAGAAGAUCCAACAGCUCACCGAAGCUGCUUAUAGAGAAUACGAACUGCAGGGCCACAAGGGCUUCGACACUAAAAUUGAAGUGUUCUUGAACAUGAGAUACGUUGGCUCUGACACUCACUUGCUCAUUUUGAAUGAUGACGCCAAUGACGCAGAUGAGAAAUUCAUUGAUAGACAUAGAAAAGAGUUCGGUUUCUCCUUGGAUAGAAAGGUGCUUGUUGACGAUGUCCAAGUUUUGUUGGUUGUCCAAUCCAAGGACAAGCUGUCCAGCAACCCAUAUGAGGAAUACAGAAGUGUUGCUUCGCCUGAAGUGGUUGCACCAUCCAGUGUCGUCAGAAAGCUUUACUUUGAGGACAGCGGCUGGCAAGAUGCUAACGUUUACGAGCUUACACAGUUGAAUCCUGGCACAGUUGUUCAAGCACCUGCUGUCAUUAUUGAUAGCACACAGACGAUUAUUGUUGAACCUGGCUCGAAGGCUGCUAUCUUGAAGGAGCAUAUUCUUCUCAUCGUUGAUCAAGAAAACAGGGUUGAGGUCUCUAGAGACGAAAUUGAUCCUAUCCAGUUGUCUGUCUUUGGCCACAGAUUCAUGUCUAUUGCCGAGCAGAUGGGUAGAACUUUACAGCAAACUGCCAUUUCCACUAACAUCAAGGAAAGAUUGGACUUCUCGUGUGCUCUUUUCGACAAGGAAGGUGACUUGGUUGCCAAUGCUCCCCAUGUUCCAAUUCAUUUGGGAGCUAUGUCUUUUGCUGUCAAGGCACAGAAAGAAAUGUGGGAAGGUAAGCUUGAACAGGGUGAUGUUCUUGUUACUAACCAUCCUUGUGCUGGUGGAUCCCAUCUUCCUGACAUUACUGUUAUUACUCCAGUGAUUAACGAUGAAGGUGAGACUCUUUUCUGGACAGCUUCUCGUGGCCACCAUGCUGAUAUUGGAUCCAUUGCAGCCGGUUCCAUGCCACCAAACUCGAAGUCGAUCUUUGAUGAAGGUGCCUCUAUUAUCACACAUAAGUUGUGUUCGAAGGGUAAGUUCGAUGAGGCCGGUAUCACCAGACUUUUGCUCGACGAGCCUGCUAAGCAUCCUGGUGGAUCUGGUACCAGAACUUUGAACGAUAACAUCUCUGACUUGAAGGCACAGGUCUCUGCCAACUACAAGGGUAUCACCUUGCUUAACCGUUUGGUGGAUGAGUACACUUACCCAGUGAUCAACUUGUACAUGGGUGGUAUUCAGCAAACUGCUGAAGUGGCUGUCAGAAACCUUUUGAAGACAGCUCAUAAGAAGUUCGACGGCCACCACUUGAAGGCUAAGGAUUACUUGGAUGACGGUACUCCAAUUGCUGUGGAGAUCGAAAUUGAUCCUAAAACAGGAGACGCUACUUUUGAUUUCAGAGAGACAGGAGAUGAAAUGUAUGGUAACUUGAACGCACCAAAGGCCAUUUUGUACUCUGCUGUGCUUUAUGUGUUGCGUUCUUUGAUCAGCUCUGACAUUCCAUUGAACAAUGGAUGUCUUCAACCAAUUAAGUUUUUGACCAGACCAAGCUCCGUGGUUGAUCCAUCUUAUGAAGCUGCCGUUGUUGGUGGUAACGUCGAGACCACCCAAAGAAUUGUGGAUGUCAUGUUGAAGGCCUUUGAAGCUGCCGCUGCUUCUCAAGGUACUUGUAAUAACUUCACUUUCGGUACCAACGAUAAAACCAGAGGCAUUUCUUUCGGAUACUACGAGACAAUUUGCGGUGGUGCCGGCGCUGGAGCUACAUGGGACGGUCAGAGCGCUGUUCAAUGCCACACCACCAACACCAGAAUCACCGAUACCGAGCUUUUUGAGAAGAGAUACCCUGUUAUCGUCCAUGAAUACAGUAUCAGAGAAGGGUCUGGAGGCCAAGGUGCCCAUAAAGGUGGAGAUGGUGUUAUCAGAGACAUUGAAUUCACCUACGACGAUUUGGAGGUUUCGUGUUUGAUGGAGCGUCGUUCAUUGGCUCCAUUCGGUCUCUUAGGCGGUGAAUCCGGACUCAGAGGCAGAAACGUUUUGAUCAGAAAGCUGCUGGAAGGUAAGAGUGUGUCUCUCGGUGGAAAGACAACUGUCAAAGUUAAAAAGGGCGAUCAUGUCAUCAUCAUGACGCCUGGAGGAGGUGGCUUUGGAGAGCCAGACGAAGCCAAUGGCAGUGCACUGAAAAAGAGAAAAAUCGACUACGACCAUGCUAAAGCGGCCAUCCGCUCCACAAUCAACGAACUCAGCCUCAGCCAUAAUGACUACACUAUCUUAGUGCCUCCAGGCCAUAUCCUCCAGAGUUGUACAGAACUCUCGGGCCAGAAGCUCGAGGACUUGUGUUACGAGAGUGAUGCGUUUCUUAAAUCACAUAUCAUCAAAACCUCGGCUCCGUUCUCCACAACUAUGGCUCCUGUGACCAAGAUCCAGCUGAUCAUAUAUAACACUAUGAAUGGGAAACAAGUUUUGGUGAAGAAUGGUAUGGUAUUUACUGGGAAAGGGUUUAAGAAGAGCAUUAGAGCUACAGUGUUAAGUACUGAUUAUUUUAUUACGUUUUGUGAUUACUUUCUCAAGGGUAGCAAGGUGAUGCUACUAUACAUAGACGAUUCACUUUUUGGACACGCUUCCGAUAGAGUGGCAGCGCCAAUUGCAGAGCCACAGAAUCAGGAAAGACGUCGCCAGCUGCGGUCAGUUACGUUCGAGGAGCUUCUACGAAACUUCCCUUUGCUUUCUAAGGCCAUGUCAGACCAGUUUUAUAUCCUUUUCCACCAUAAUAACCGGAAGUUCGAGAGACUUCGAGCCAGGAAUGGUGUUUCGUUAGAAGAGGUUAGAAGUACGUUUAUGGCUAUGGUCGAGGAAGCUUUUCUGAUUGUACAGAAGACUGUAAAUGCAGAAACUGCUGAAGGAGAACGCAUCUCUCGUUUAUUGCAUAAUAUCACAGUUCAGAACUUGAACGUCGACUUAAAUGUACUUGUGCAUGAAUACGUCGAACUCAAUGUCUAUGAUAAGGUAUGGGUUCAGCUUGUGUCUCAGUUUGAAAAGGCACAGGCUUCUGAAGGAGACGAGCCUCGUGUGGUGCUCACUUCUGCGGUUUACAAGGACUUGUCAUGUCUCUCACUUAAUCAACUAGACCUUCCUGUUGAUGAACCAUGGCAUAUGAAUGUUUUGCAUGCUCGGGUGGCUGCUGCCAUUGCCCAAUUUUCCAAACUAAAUGAUCCAAGCGUGACGAAUAGACGACAGAAGAUCGACCUAAUACGAAGAACGGUUGACGUCUUAACUGAAGGAAAACUAGACGAUGAAAAGAUUACAUCUUCAGACCUUGUGGUUGACGCGGAUACUCUUAUCGGGUUACUUAUCAUGGUAAUUGUGCAUUCAAAGGUUCCCUACUUGGAAGCUCACAUCUACUACAUAAGGCAUUUUGGGAUUGACUCUCUUCAAAGCGGCGACUCUUCUGCUGAAAAACAGAGCAUUGGUUAUCUCAGCUAUAUUCUCAGCAACAUCGAUGCUGUCAUCUAUCACUUAUCAGGCGAGGGCUCUGAAGGUAUCCCUUUUAAUCAUCUACAGGAAAUGUCAAGUGCAUCUGCCCAAAACUACAAUCUUUGGUAUGCAAUUCAAAAAGAAGAUUUACAGACCUUGAAGCGCAUAAUUGAUCUGGUUGAGGAGCACUAUGGUGAUGACCCACUUCCAAAAGACCAUUUCCUCAAAAGCAGGAACAUAAACGGAGAAAGUUGCUUAUGCUUUGCAAUCCGAAGCAAGAACUUUGAUGUUUUCAAGACUUUGCUUGAUAGAACUUGCCAUUGGUUCCUGGUAGAGGACCUUCUCUUUGACAAGAAUACCACCACUGACCAAACAUUGAUGAUGAUAGCCCUAGUCGAGGAAAAUAGCGAGUUGUCACAAUACUUGCUUUCAGCAAUACUUGCAGAUACGACUCAAGAAGAACGCAUUCUUUAUUACAAUCUCAGAGAUAAAAGUGGAAAGACAUUGGGACAUUACUUGGGCCACGACGUGGAGAUACUUGAACGAAUUGGGCCUUUUAUUGACUGGUAUGUCAAAGAUAACAACUCUUAUACCCCACUAUUCAGCAUCUGUCGCCAUUAUGAUCACUAUGAUUACCGUCUCUUAGUGAAGAAAGCAUUUGAAUGUGUUUUUAAGAAGUACCCCAGCCCUUUGGCACUCGACGAUCAGAUUGACAGAUAUGGGAACACUUUCUUGCACAUUCUCGCAAGAGGAAUAACAGACACGAGGAUACUCAACCACGAAAACGCAUUGGUAGAUGUCAACCAGUUAAAUGAGAAGCUUCUUUCACCGCUGGCGGUGUACAUUCGGUAUAACAGAACCGAGAAUUUGAGUCUUCUUCUCCACAAUGAGCUCUAUAACUUUGGUCAGGAAGACCAGAAGAACUUUUACAAUCUUUUGGACUACUACAGCUUUUCGGCCUCGAAGGCAAGUAAUGGGUCAAAUGCCUCGUUCGGUAAGGUAGAGAAGAUAGUGGUCGACAAGUACUUUGAAGAAAAUUUUGCUAAGCAGAAUGAUAUUAGUCUUGGGGUGCUCAAUGCUCGUUAUGAUGGCUCCAGUAAUGAUUGGAUCAUUAAUAUUGUGAUGAUGAAGAAGGACAAAGAAAAACCCAUUGCAACACAAUAUAUCCCCAUAGACAAGCUCAGACAAUUUACAAAGCUUCAAAAAUUAGCAUUCCCGCAAGGUUUCGGACUUGACCUUAAUACCUUAUGGAUCAAUCAUCCUUCAGACAAGCCAACAAUACCUACAUGUUCGAAGUAUCGUUCCAAUAGACUUUUGGAGUUGCUAAGUAUGUAUUUCCUGGCAAUGCACUUCCAUUCUGAUGCAUCCAAGACAAAGUUCAGACGCAAUUUUGCUUUAUGUUGCGCUGAUAAUAAAACGCUGACACUCGAGAUGAUGAAAGAUAUCAGCAAAGCUCAGGAGAAUGCGAGAACAAGGAACGGGGAAGUGAAAUACUCUUCCCAGAAGAUUCAAGAAAUCGAAUUCUUUAUCGAUUACUCGCAGAGUGACUUGCUAGGCUUCCAGUUGGAAAUGAGUAAACUCAACCAGCUUCUCACGGUUGGUGGCAUGAAGCAAAGCGACUUACGGAAUGUCAAAGAUAUCUUGCUUCGCCAGUUGAAUCUUGGAAACACACAGGCCCUUGAUGCGAGAGAGUUCAGAGCGCUUGACGCCUCAUAUCAGAAGCUCCAGGCCUACGCAAGCUGGCUAGAGCUUGCAGUGACUGAACUUAUACAGAAUUGUCGCAAGUUAAAAGAGAAGCUUAACUUAUGGAAAGAAAUCUACCUGGGAAUCAAGACGCUAAAUGUCGAGCUACAUCGCUUCGAAGAUCAAGUGUCAAAGCAUCAAAACGGAACUACUGCUGAAGAGCCUGAGCAUGAAGAAGAAGGUGCCACACGUACUAUAUCACGCAGAAGUACCACCUCACUCGAAUCAGCGCCACCAGAUACUCAGGAAACCGGAUCAUUUUUCAACUUUGGAAUCAUCGACAACAAGAAGUCUAAAUACAAGAAACUUUUAAUGUCGAAAUCUGAAGAAGUGAAGAAGGUUAUGAAUCUCAAUUCUGAGAUCAAGAUCGAUCAUGAGUUGAUCGCAGCCGAGAUCUCUCAGUUCUUGAACUUCCGUUCAGGAUUCUUCAGCCUCGGCAUCAAACAAUUCUGCAAACUGCAUCUCCUCCUGUUACGAACACGUAACCGUGAACUUGAUAAAUUACUUUGGAGCAUAAGGCGGUCCAAGUAG